UCUUGCAGGCCUGAGGUCCUGGUGAGGGGCUGGUCUCAAGGAGACACCCAGGGUGGGGAGGGGAAGGGGAAGAAAGGACACCUGGGCUCCAGAGCAAGAAGCAGGCACUGGAGUGGUCAGCCCUUCACAACUGAAGUGAGCUGAGCAGAGGGCUCUGGUCAGGCCCCGGGGGCCAAUGGCAGGCAGAUGGCUGGAUCUGCGAGGGGCACCUGGCUUCCUGUGUGUGCCUCUGAUGCUGGAGAUGGCAUCUGGGGCCAGAGGCCCAGCCGCAGAAGCCCACGAGCACAUCCAGUUUUCGGCUGGAAGUGUCCGCCAGACCGCCAUGGCAGAUUGUCGAGCUGUGUGUGGCCUGAACACUUCUGACCGCUGCAACUUCGUCAGGAUGAACCCCGACUGCCACAGUGAUGGAGGCUACCUGGAUUACCUCGAGGGCCUCUUCUGCCACUUUCCCCCCAACCUCCUCCCUCUGGCCAUCACCCUCUAUGUUUUCUGGCUGCUUUACCUCUUUCUGAUCCUGGGAGUCACCGCAGCCAAGUUCUUCUGUCCUAACCUGUCAGCCAUCUCCACCAGCCUCAAGCUCACCCACAACGUGGCUGGUGUCACCUUCCUGGCCUUUGGGAACGGUGCCCCUGAUAUCUUCAGUGCGCUGGUGGCUUUCUCAGACCCUCGUACUGCCGGCCUGGCCAUCGGGGCUCUGUUUGGCGCGGGGGUGCUUGUCACCACUGUGGUAGCUGGGGGCAUCACCAUCCUACACCCCUUCACGGCCGCCUCCAGGCCCUUCCUCAGGGACAUCGCUUUUUACAUGGUGGCUGUGUUCCUGACCUUCACUGCACUCUAUCUCGGCAGGAUCACGCUGGCGUGGGCACUGGGUUACCUGGGCCUCUACAUAUUCUAUGUGGCCAUAGUCAUCCUGUGCACUUGGGUCUACCGGAGGCAUCGGAGCAGCUCUCUGGCCCACUCCAUGCCCGAGACACCAGAGAUACUGUCUGAUUCAGAGGAGGACCGGGUAUCUUCCAACACCAACAGCUAUGACUACGGAGAUGAAUACCGGCCUCUGUUGCUGGGUCAGGAGACCACUGCCCAGAUCUUGAUCCAAGCCCUGAAUCCCUUGGACUACAGGAAGUGGAGGACCCAGACGAUGGCCUUCAGGCUCCUGAAGGUAGUCAAGUUGCCUGUGGAGUUUUUGCUGCUGCUCACAGUACCGGUCGUGGACCCUGACAAGGAGGAUCGGAAUUGGAAGCGGCCACUCAACUGUCUGCAUCUGGUCAUCAGCCCCCUGGUCCUGGUCCUGACCCUUCAGUCAGGUGUCUAUGGCCUCUAUGAGAUCGAAGGCCUCCUUCCCAUCUGGGCUGUGGUGGUGAUCGUGGGCACAGCCCUGGCUUCGGUGACCUUCUUUGCCACGUCUAACAGAGAACCUCCUAGACUGCACUGGCUCUUCGCUUUUCUGGGCUUCCUGACCAGUGCCCUGUGGAUCAACGCAGCUGCCACUGAGGUGGUGAACAUCUUGAGGUCCCUGGGCGUGGUCUUCCGCCUGAGCAACACUGUCCUAGGGCUCACCCUCCUGGCCUGGGGGAACAGCAUUGGAGAUGUGUUCUCAGAUUUCACACUGGCCCGCCAAGGCUACCCUCGGAUGGCAUUCUCCGCCUGUUUUGGUGGCAUCAUCUUCAACAUCCUGGUGGGUGUAGGGUUGGGCUGCCUGCUGCAGAUCGCCCGGAACCAUGCUGCGGAGGUGAAGCUGGAGCCAGAUGGACUACUGGUGUGGGUGCUGGCCAGCGCCCUGGGGCUCAGCCUGGUCUUCUCCCUGGUCUCUGUCCCGCUUCAGUGUUUCCAACUCAGCAAGGCGUACGGCUUCUGCCUGCUCCUCUUCUACGUCAGCUUCCUUGUCGUGGUCCUGCUCACAGAAUUUGGGGUGAUUCACUUGAAGAGGGUCUGACUGAAGCUGCUGGGCCUGGUGGUUUAGGCGUGAUUUCCCCCUAGCUUCCUGAGGAGAGAUCUGGAGCUCCAAGAAGGUGGCAUAUCACUGCGAGAGCAAAGAUCCCAACAGCCUUAGUGUGGGGAUCUGGAGGCUGGCUUUGCUGGCGACAAUCUGGUGGAAACGACAGGAGUUUGAGUGGCUGCAGAGGCUCUGGGGAGGGCAUCCUGCGAGCCCCAUCGCUGCCGGCCUUUGGGCAGCCCUGGGCUUCCCUCGUAGGCUCUCCCACUGUCCAGUGUCAGCCGAGUCCCACACUAGUAGCACUGGCUGAACAGACUCAACACCUGGAAACCACACCGGUUUCUUGGCCUCCGAGUCAGUACGACUAAAGGAAAUAGGUCAAGUGAACGGUAGUGCACGUACUGACAUGGGUGGCCCCCAACCACUUGGGCCCUGCCCUGUCCAGUGACUGGCUGCCACAUUGGAUCUAGACUCUGCUCGAACUGUGAAUUCAGGACUCUGGCUCCCCAGUCUACAGAACAGGAGCCAGCCUGGGUCCUGUGCCUACCUCAAGGGGAGCCAGGGGAGUGCUCCCCUCCCCCCCCUCGACAUUACAAGGGCUGUGACCAGCCUUUUAAAAAUGCUACUCAUUCUCUGACUGCCUUCAGCUGUAACUAGAUUUGACUUUUUUUUUUCUAAAAAAUAUAAAAGACGAGCUAUUUCAAGUGUA